GGAGUUGAUGAAAACCUAUAUACCGAACAGGUUUAUUCUGAGGAUCUCUAUAUAGAUCCAAAGGUUCCAGUAAAUAAUACUGAGAACCUUGAUAAUCAGGAAUUUAAUAAUAUUGAGAACCUUGAUGACCAAGAGGUUCCAAAUUAUACUGAGAGUCUUGAUUCAGACAAAGAUGAAUUAAAUAAUUUUAAACUUCCUGCUGAUGAUGAAUAUGAUUUCUUAAAUUUUUCUGACACUGAUUAA